UUGUUUCACAGUUACAUUUCACUCGGAUUAAAUAUGAAAUUGUUGGGAGUUGUCUGUCUUUUUGCCUUGGUGCUUCUUGCAUCCGCCGAAGAUGAAAAGAAACCAGUGGCCGAAGCUAAGGUAGAUGACACCAGUGCCGCCGAGAGUGCGACCCAGGAGGACAAAAAGCAGGACAAGCGCGGCCUGCACGACUGGACCGGCAGCUAUGGCGGUGGCUUCGAGGAAAAGCACGACGUUCCCCACUUUGAAACGCACGAGGAGAAGACACUGACGGUGGUCAAGAAGGUCCCGGUGCCAUACCCGGUUGAGAAGCACAUCCCCUACCCGGUGGAGAAGCACGUCCCGGUUCCGGUCAAGGUUGGCGUACCAAAGCCAUACCCGGUCUACAAGACUGUGCACUACCCAGUGAAGGAGAUCGUCAAGGUGCCGUACCAUGUCCCAGCUCCUUACCCAGUUGAGAAGAAGGUCCCGUACCCAGUCCAUGUGCCAGUCGAUAACCCAGUCCCGGUCAAGGUUUACGUGCCAGCCCCGUACCCAGUGGAGAAGAAGGUCCCGGUGCCCGUCAAGGUCCAUGUCCCAGCUCCUUACCCAGUUGAGAAGAUCGUGAAGGUCCCGGUCAAGGUCCCAGUUCAUGUUGACAAGCCAUACCCGGUUGAGAAGAUCGUCCACUACCCAGUCCAUGUCCCGGUUGACCGCCCAGUCCCCGUCCACGUUGACAAGCCCGUCCCAGUGCCAGUGGAGAAGCACGUCCCAUACCCAGUCUACAAGAACGUCCCAUACCCCGUCCAUGUCCCAUAUGACCGUCCCGUCCCCGUCCAUGUCGACAAACCCGUCCCAGUUGAGGUCAAGGUCCAUGUCCCAGCCCCGUACCCGGUCGAGAAGGUCAUCCCCUACCCAGUGGAGAAGAAGGUCCCAUACCCCGUGAAGGUCCCAGUCGCGCGCCCCGUCCCGGUUGAGAUCGAGAAGCACAUCCCGGUCGAGGUCGAGAAGCACGUCCCAGUCCCCGUUAAGGUGUCCAUCCCGGUUGUGCACCACGACGAACACCACCACGUCGAGGAACAUCACGAUUUCCAUGAGCAUCACUAAGUCAAGAAGAGCCCCCAUCAUUUCAUUAUUUAUAUCGCAGAACAUGUGAUUUUAGUUUCUAAACGACUAACACCUCAACUACUAACAAAAUGCGAGAAACCCUACCAAGCUAAGCUGAGAACCGGUAAAAUAACUGAUCAAACAAAAUAACUGUAUCCUAGCCCAAGCAAGCGAUCCGCGCGCGCCGCCAAACCAACGAACGAUCCGACGAACCGAGUGCCGACCGCCUAACCGGGUCCACGAAGUGAGCUCUCGGCGAUCGACCCGCGACAUUCCAGCAGCCUGCCAACUGCGGAGAGAUUGGGGAAUGUCCGCACCAGGUCCACCACCAACGAUCUGCCUUUGUGGUCCCGCGGCACUCCGGUUCGGAUCUUUCGCCCCCAACAUCCACCGUCGCGCCGGAUUCGCCCAGAGAGCCAAAUAGCUAUGGAAAUUUUAGUUUUUCGAACCGAGCCGCCACCCUGCAAACAUCGCCAAAGAGUCCGCCGGGAAGCGCUGGUCGGGUGUUGAUCCCUUCGUUGAUCAGCAGAGUGCCUUCCCCGGGUGGGGGGAUGUCUGCCUCCGUGGUUCACCCCUUGCGCGGGGGCAACCCCCCAAACGGCGGCCAUCCCGAUCAGCAGCCCCUCCAGUGAGGACUCGAGGCUCGGUUCCGAACAAGAAAAUUUCGCACCCUGUUUUCCUCUUUCAACACCAAAAUCACUAGAACAAAAAUCCUGUCCUCACGCUGAACGCUCAGUUACCAAGGCACACUGUUGUGAAAUGCUACCUUUAAACCUUAUUUUUGUUGUAUAGAUUUUUAGUACGUGAAACAAGCAGACAGAAGAGCUACCCGACAAAGAUCUUUUUUGUUUUGUUAAUUUUUUUUGUUAAACAAAUGCUGUGUACAUAGUAGCAGUCCAUCCAAUUAUCGCAAAGAGAAAAAGAAGCCCUAUUUUUUGCUGCCCAAACGUUGUUUUUUUGUUUUAUGUCGAGAAAAAAUUGUACUAGCGAGGAAUGUUGCCUAAAUUUGCCUAGUUUUACUACUGUAAGCUGCCCCUCCCACGAGUAUACUUUAUUGCGAGUAAUGUUCUGUUUAUAUUUUUUUACAAAACAAGCGAAGAAAAAAACGAGCCAAAAAAAAUGGAAAUAAAAAUUGUGAUAAAAAACGAAACGA